GCGGAAUGCUUUCUCCUCCCCUCCUCCUCCUCCUCCUCCUCCUCCUCCUCCUUUCACUUCUCCUACUCCUUCUCCUCCUCCUUUCUCUCCUGCUUCCUGUGAUUUCUAAGCGGACUAUGACGGUCUUGAAGGCCAUCACCAAAGACCGAAAGGACGAGAAGGAACAACGACAAGGAAGAAGAUGUAGAGUCGGAGGGAGGGAGGGAAAGGACGACAAGGAAGAAGAUGAAGAGUGGGAGGAGGGAGGGCAGGAGGACGAGCCGAGACCGAGGACGACGAUAAAACAACAUUUUCAUUUCGAAGGUGAUGAAGACUGUGCCUCACAGGGGAAGAAAUCUUAUGCUAAAGUUGUUCAAUCGAAGGAUGGGUCAAGAUCGGAUCUGAAAGGUAAUAAGUCGAGAGAAAAGACGAAGGAGAAGGGAAAAGGGCCGGAACAGAAGGAAAAAGAUAAGGUGAAGGAAAAGGAGAAGGAGAAACCUGCUGAGAAUAAGGAGAAGGAUCACGCCUCCCCAGAGAAGGGCAGAUUGAAGGAGAAGGGGGAAUCGUCUGAAAAGCAGGGUGGUACAAAGGAGAAGGGGGAUUCAUCGAAAAAGCGAGGAGGGCAUGGGGAAGCGCAAGGGAAGGGAGAUCUCAAGGGGCAAUCCCCGGGAGUUCAGAAGGAAAAGGAAGUGGAGUCGAGGAAAGACGAGGAAAAGGGAAUAGAGUCGAGGAAAGAGGGGGGAACCCCCAGGGACAGGGACAGGAAUGGAGAACAGGGUAAGGGAAACACAGACUCCAAGAUGGCCCCGAUGAUGGAAGACAAAAUAUCAAUGGGUAGGGAAAAGCGAAAACGCGAAGAGAAGUCCGAAGACUUGGACGAGGGGGGGAUUUUUGUGAAAGGGAACGAAAUCGUUCUUCACAAAGGUUUAAGUUCCUCCCCAGAGCAGGCCCUCUCCCCCCUUUCUGAUUCUCCCUCCUCUUCAGAGGAAGAGGAGGAGGAGGGGGAGAAAGCUCAGAUGUGGGAGAAGGCUUUAAAUCGUUUCUCUCCCUUACGAAUCCUAGAUAAUGACAUGUAUGCCUCCUCGCAGGAGGAGUCAGAACAUGACACAGAUCUGGGAAUCGAGACAUUGCACAAUUUUAGAGCACGACCAUCUUGCUCCCCGAUUCAUGAUUCUUUGGAUUCAGAUAGGGAAGAGUAUUGUUCAGUGGACAGCCGAAGUCUAACACCAGGGACAACGGAAAAAUUACCCCCGGCUAGUAUAUAUGUGCCCUCUUCUGGUUCAGGGGCAUCCCCGAAGAAGAAACAGCGGGCUGCAAAGAAACUAAAUGUAAAAGUGAGAAGUGAGGAGGUAACCGCUGGGAUAUCCCACCGGCGCACAGAAACUACCAAGGCUAAAGGGGAUGUUAAAGGGAAUGACAAAGUUUGCAAAGGGAGAAAAUCUCGGGAUCCAGCGCGCCCAAUGCAGACUCUGCAGAAGAAGAAUAAGGGCAACGAGGGUAAUCCAAAGGAAUUUUUGGUUCCUUUAGUAAUCUCUCCUUCGCCCUAUGGUCCAAUGUUGUUGUCCAAUAUAGAUCAAAAUGAGGUCCUGUCGCUACCAGCAGUUCCUACUACGGGCCCUCCCCCUGAUGCGCUGUGGCGUUCGGCUACAACAAAACAGAUUCUUCAUGAAAGUGGUACAGUUGCUUUGCUGUCCGUUCCUAAGCGGGGCCGACACAUUGCUACAAAUGCACAGGGAGACAAAGUGUUACUCCAUAUAGCCUGUUUGGCCCUGCGAGCCAGUCCAGGCGAUAUGGAGAGCCUUCGUGCUCAUAACAUUUAUUGGUUGCCGCUGUCUCGUCUUUUGGAAGAUAAUGGGGAUUCUUUAAAGGAUAUUAAUCUGUCGGAGGGUUGUUCUGCCCAGGAUGUAGCAGAAUGGCUGCAUCUCACAGAUUCAGUAGAUGGCUUUUCAUCAGAACAAUUCACUGCUGAAUUGUCUGUCUCACAAAGGGCAGCAACACCCCCCCGAGAAGUGACCCUCCCUCGCUCUAGGGGAAGGGGGGCACCAAUUAAGAAACCAGAGAAUAGCCGUAUCCAAAUCCCACACGACCGAGGGUCAGGUCAUGGUUCUACCAAGUAGAAUCAGACUGGCAACCUGGAAUGUGCGUGGGUUUGGGGACAAGAAUAAAAAGUUCAAAAAAUC